AGCGGUGUCGCCCGAACGCAGAAUGUGAAGCCUCCCGCUGUGCAGAAUUACAUUGAGGAAGCGCUGCAGAAGCUGUACCAGGCGCCCAUCAAAACAUGGAUCUCCUCACGCACAGACACGGGUGUGCACGGCCUGAUGAACACCAUGCAUUGUGAUACACCAGUUCGAAGAAAUGGAGAGUUCCUGCAGCCGUACAAAGUCAGAGAUGCACUCAACCACUUCAUACCGAUCACGGAAGUGCGGAUACGAGGGUGUUUGGAGGUACACCCAACAUUUAAUUGUCGAUUUAUGGCUACCGGACGAACAUACACGUAUAGGCUGAUGCACAAUAGCACCCACCGCAGUGCAUUUGAUGAGGGACGCGCAGCUGUGGCUGACGUUCCGAAAAACCUCUCGCUCAACAUAGAAGCCAUGAACGAUGCGGCGCAAAUAUUAGUUGGAACGCAUGACUUCUCGUCGUUCCGAGCGUCCGGCUGUCAGGCGAGCCAGCCUGUGCGCACAGUGUACAGUUUGUCUGUCACUCGUGAGCAGACCGAGUUUAGCAGCAUAAGUGACGGAGAAAUGGCACACAUCACCAUAUACGCCAAGGGUUUCUUAUACCGGCAGGUCCGGAAUAUUGUGGGUGCACUUGUGAUGGUGGGGUCGGACCGAUGGUCUGCUGCAGAUCUUCGGAAGGUUCUCGAUGCAAAGGAUCGUAGUCGCUACAAGUACGUGACGGCCAAACCUGAAGGUCUAUAUCUGACGCAUGUGCACUAUCCUUUCGGAUGUACGGUCGAGGAAAUGGUGAGCAGAAGAGAUGAGAUAAAGGAGUGGAGCUUCGAUGAUGUACCACCCUGGGAGAGGGAUGCUGAACUUGAUAGCGAAGAUGACGAGACUUUAACGCCCCCGGGGUCUGCAGAAGCCAAGUAGGAUUCUGAUCGAAGCGUGUACCUAGUGCAGGCGCACUUCAAGUAGUUUCCCUAGUGGAUUGCUUUGAUAAUCAUAUAGAAUCGUGGCAGACAUGGCCUUCUAGAUUUAGAUAUACACAAAAGAUGUGAUUUUCAUCAAGACAUGAACGCCGACGCAAAAAAAAAUCCCACGAGUAUUCCACUGAGGCGAGAUCAAUGGUAUGGUGGCUGCGGUUGGCUUUGUCAACAGACCUGUUUCAUCCUGCUGUAACAGAGAUUGACAUAAUUAGUUAAUCGUAAAACUCUUAUUUUCUCGUAGUCAUAGAGCAAGUGUCCAGCCUUCACGGUGAUUUUACAAGAUUAGGUGAAGGGCUACGUACUUCCUGAAUAAAUCCACUCUUGGUUUGUGAAAGAUAGAGGACUC